ACAGGGCCGAUGUUGUGGUCUAGUUAGAACAACCCCUCUUUUGCACGAUUUGGCGCGGGGGAACUUUCUAGAAAUCCCUACAAUCUUCGCCUUUUUCUUCGUGGGUUCUUCCUUCAACAGCAAAAAUUUAUCGAUUCUAAUCUAUCGUCAGUUAAUCGAUUCUAAUCGCACGUCGCCGCGAUCGAGAACUCAUCGUCCGCCUCCGCCAUGUCGACGGUUUCGCCGGCGCCGGAAUCUUCGUUGUCGCGGUACACGUACCCCAAAGGGACCUAUUUUCCGACGCCGUUUCACCUUCAACAGCAAACGCCGCAACCCUACAUCGGCGCGGCCCUUCCCCAGGUUCAAGCGUCUGUUCCUUCAGGCAUUCCCGCCGGAUAUCUAGCUCCUGCUAGCUCAUUUGCUCAAUACCAACAAGGCAACAAAUUACAGGCAAAUCAACUGUUUCAAAGGGUUGCACAAAUAAUUACUCCAGAAGCAAUUGAGAAUGUGAAAGCUGCACUUGCAAGCAGUGAGAUUGAGCACAAAGCUGAUGCUAAGAAGAAAGCAGUGCCUCGUAAAGCUGCUGGACAAACUUGGGAGGAUCCUACUCUUGCUGAUUGGCCAGAAAGUUGUGUGAGACAAGUGGACAGGUAAAACUAAAGGCUAUGGAUUUGUAAGUUUUUCCAACCCUUCAGACCUUGUGGCAGCCCUUAAAGAAAUGAAUGGCAAAUAUGUUGGUAAUCGACCAAUCAAACUUCGGAAGAGUAGGUGGCAAGAUAGGAUCGACUACGAAGCUAUAGAGAGGCAAAAGAACCGGACUACGAAGAAGGCCAAGAUGUCGAAGAAGAGCUUGUUGCACAAGUGAAUGUAAUAAUGUGUGAGAUUCAAAACCAAGCUGAUGUGCAGAGAUGAUUUUAUGUUACUCCUUGUAUCUAAUUAUCCCUUUAAUGUAGUGUUUUCUUCAUCCGUCUCAAAAUAACUACACACUUCUCCU